AUGGAAACCAAGGCUCACAACAACGAUGGCCUCGCCACGCAGCUUGAAUUGAAGGAUGAGAUCUCAGCUAAAAAAGUAACCGAAGAGUCAAUUGUCGACGUAUCUGAUAGGGAGUACAACAGGAUUCUGCGAAAGGUUGACUACCGUGUCAUUCCUAUCUUGGCUACUCUUUACCUGCUCAGCUUUUUGGAUAGAGGAAGCAUUGGAAAUGCGAAUAUUCAAGGGAUGUCUGAGUCACUAGGAUUGGUCGGCCAGCAAUACAAUUGGUGCCUGACGAUAUUUUUCUUCCCAUACUCAUUUACUGAGCCGUUGUGCAACUUGCUUUUGGUCCGAUUGAAGCCCAGCAUUUGGCUGCCGUCGAUUAUGGUAGCAUGGGGUAUUGUGAUGACGCUGACUGGAAUUGUUCAAAACUACUCGGGAUUAUUGGCUGCGAGAUUCUUUCUCGGACUUACUGAAGCUGGGCUAUUCCCAGGACUCGCUUUCUACAUCUCCCUCUGGUAUCCUCGCGCAAAUGCGCAAUUCAGACUUUCCCUUAUAUUUGCCUCUGCGUCGAUGGCAGGCGCUUUCUCUGGUCUGUUGGCAUAUCUGAUCAGCAUGAUGGAUGGAAUUGGUGGACUUGAGGGGUGGCGGUGGAUUUUCAUACUAGAGGGAAUUCUUACGGUUGUGGCUGCUUCAUUCUCCUAUCUAUUAGUCUGGGACGAGCCGGCGACUGCGACCUUCCUUACGGAAGAGGAGAAGAAUAUCAUUCUCAAAGCAUUAAACCCAAUACAGACAGAGGUUUCUAUGAGCCCACAACUCGGAAGUGAGCAGUCGGCCAAAUGGGUGCAUAUCAAAGCCGCGUUAUCUGAUUGGCAGGCGUGUGCUGUUUACGCACUUUCACUCUUUCUUCCCGCCAUCAUCAAAGGCCUUGGAUACUCGGCGGCCAUUGCUCAACUCCUUACAAUCCCAGUUUAUGCAGCGGCUACAGUCUCAUGUGUCCUAGUCGGAUACCUUGCGGACAAAACCGGUCAGCGCAGUCUGUUUACCGUUCUAUGCUAUGGCGCAAUCGUCGUUGGAUAUAUCAUUGCUGUAGCGCCCCCGACCUUCAUGCCUGGUCUUACGUACGCCGGGUGCUUUGUCGCUGCUUGUGGAAUUUACCCCGCUAUACCCGGUCUUCUUGCUCUAUCCUCAAAUAAUUGGGCACCCAAUGCGAAGAGAGCCAUUGGAAUGGCUAUUCAGAUGGGAUUUGGAACUAUGGGUGGAGCCGCUGCGUCCAAUUUCUAUCGCGCUGAGGAUGCCCCGAGAUAUCGCCUCGGCCACAUAUUAGUCCUUGUAUUCGCUGCAAUUGGUUUGGCUACAAUGGUCUUGUAUUAUCUGAUUUGCCGGAGGCUGAAUACUAAGAGGGAAGCGGGAGCGGAUAGUGUUUACCAAUAUACUGCUGAGCAAUUGGUUGAACUGGGUGACAAGGCACCCAGCUUUAGAUAUAAGCUUUAG